CCUGGGAAGCAGCUCGGUUAAGAAACUGCGGAAGUGCAUACUUCUUUUUUUUUUUGGACUGAUUGGUUUUAUUUACCACCCGCUCCAACUAACCAAACUUUACCUUUUUUUGUCUUCGCUUUAGUUUCAUCACACCACCUUCUAUGCAGCCCUGAUUGAAACUGUGGUGCAACCAGGCCUUCCGACAAGUGCACAGGUGGUUGUCGGCUGUGCACUCGAGACUUUAUAUGGCUGAAUAAUCCACAGUAGGGGUGGGGGGUCUACUUUGGUGGGUUUUUGGGGUUGUUUUUUUUUUCGUCUGAGGAGGGUUUACCAAAUCCCAUUCAGGAACCAAGCAGCUUUAGGAGGAGCUGGUGGAGGAUGGCAGUGGCUCUGGAUGAAGUGUGGGGGCGGGUGAAGAAUGUCUGCAAGCAGAAUGGUCUGCUCAUCCUGUCUGUGCUUGCUGUGGUAAUUGGCUGCCUGCUUGGCUUCUUCCUCAGAGGCAAGCAGCUCUCCGAACAGGAGGUGAAGUACUUUCAGUUUCCUGGAGAGCUGCUUAUGAGGAUGUUGAAAAUGCUUAUAUUGCCACUUGUCGUUUCCAGUUUGAUGUCGGGUCUGGCUGCUCUGGAUGCCAAAUGCUCCAGUCGCCUGGGCAUCAUGACCAUCUCCUACUACCUCUGGACCACCUUCGUGGCUGUGGUUGUGGGCAUCGUCAUGGUGUACAUCAUCCACCCCGGUGGAGCUGCUCAGAAGGAGGACUCGGACGAGAGCAAGAAGCCAAUGACCAGCUCCGCUGACGCUCUGCUGGAUCUCAUUCGCAACAUGUUUCCAGCAAACCUGGUUCAAGCUACUUUUCAGCAGUAUCGAACACAGAGAGAUGCUGAAUUGAUCCCCAAACCAACAGUAGCUCAGCUCCUGGAUGAGACCACCACUCGACGAGUGUACAUCUACGGUAUCCAGGAUGACAACGGAACCGACGUCCAGAACUUUUCCCUGGAUCUCACUCCGCCCCCGGACGUCAUUAUGAAAACAUCGGCCGGUACAAGCGAGGGCAUGAACGUGCUGGGGAUCGUUAUUUUCUCCGCCACCAUGGGGAUCAUGUUGGGGAGAAUGGGGCCCAAUGGAAGUGCACUGGUCAACUUCUGCCAGAGUUUGAAUGAAGCGGUCCUGAAGAUUGUUGCCAUUGUCAUUUGGUACUUCCCUUUUGGGAUUGUCUUCCUGGUUGCUGGGAAGAUCUUGGAGAUGGAUGAUCCAUCAGCAAUGGGGAAGAAGCUGGGCUUUUAUGCCAUCACAGUGGUAAUGGGCUUGAUACUGCACGGUCUUUUCAUCCUCCCUGCCAUGUACUUCUUUAUCACCAAGAAGAGCCCCAUUGUUUACAUCAGAGGAAUUCUGCAGGCCCUACUUAUUUCCUUGGCUACCUCUUCCAGCUCUGCCACGCUGCCUAUCACCUUCAAGUGCCUCCUGGAAAACAACCACAUUGACAGACGCAUCAUCCGCUUUGUGUUGCCUGUGGGGGCCACCAUCAAUAUGGACGGCACCGCCCUCUACGAAGCCGUGGCGGCCAUCUUUAUUGCCCAGGUCAAUAACUACGAGCUCGACUUCGGGCAAAUCAUCACAAUUAGCAUCACUGCCACUGCAGCCAGUAUCGGUGCAGCCGGAAUCCCGCAAGCCGGACUCGUUACCAUGGUGAUCGUGUUGACCUCUGUGGGCCUGCCGACCGACGAUAUCACUCUCAUAAUUGCUGUUGACUGGGCUUUGGAUCGAUUCAGGACCAUGGUCAACGUGAUGGGUGAUGCCCUGGCCACAGGUAUCAUGGCGCACAUCUGCAGAAAAGAUUUUAUUAAAGAGGGCGAACAGGUACCUCUGAUCUGUGAGACAAAGCCCAUGAUCAGCAUCCAGCAGAUGAUGACCUACCAGAACCAGAAGAAUGGCUGCUACCAGCCGCCCCCACCGGGCAGCAAGCAUGACCACCUCUCCCCGGACGUGGCCCGUCUGAUCCAACUCGAGGAGGGCAUCCGACCGAUAGAGAAGAAGAAACAUGCUCUCUCCUCCCACCAGAAGAGAGGUCACAGGGACAAGGACCACUGUUCCAUCGAUAUGAACGGCCUGGAGACGAACGUAUAGCCCAGUCAGCUGCUGGACCGGCAGGAGAGGACCAGCCUGUUCUUUUAAUGAAGUGGCCAAGGUCGCACACCUUCCAGCUCUCAGAACAGAGAGGGGUGCAGAGUGGAUGAUUUUUUUUUUUUUUUACAGUAUCUUAAAAUGGCCCACAUUUGAUCGUGUGUUUGUGAGUUGUACAUAUCUAACAUGGAUCUUUUGGUACCAGAUGCGAGGUGCAUCUUGUGCUUGUGCAUGUCAAGGUCUCACUGACAUUUUCCCGGCAGUGAGUCAGCCCACAAGGAGCACAACAUAAAAGCUUUUAUCAGAUAUUUUUCUUUUCCAUCCUUCUGGGGACAGAGAAAAACAAACUGGAACGUCCACUAGCGUCAGUUGUAUAUUCUGUGUCACCUGUUCAGCUAUAAAAUAGUAUACUGUUAAAUCGACGUUUUCUAUUUUACGUGUGCAGAAUUGAAUUAUCCAUGGACUCUAAACACAACUAUAUGACACGUUCUCCCAACCUGCAGUGAUCUUUACAUGGAUCUUCUAUUCUGUGUAUAUUCUGAAAUUGCUAGUCAUCGGUGAAAUGAACAUUCCAAUUGUUACAUUGUUGCGGUAUAAUGAUGAUAAAAUGGAUCUUGGGUAACGUUUGGUCUUUUCGUGACUAAAGUGGCUCUGAUAUGAACUCUUAUUGCGUCCUGUAAAAUGAUUUGCAGUGGAAGUCUUUACUGAUGUGCUUUUUUCAAAAUAUGCAGGCAAUUUCGGCUACACAGAACUUUGGAAAUCCAAUAACAUUUGUUCCCUUUCGGGUCCUCCUCCAUCACGUGCGUGAAUUAGCAUGGGAAGCGUCUUGAACGCCUUCUCUUUUGCUUCUAACACACACCAGCUGCAAAGCAAGAAGCUAGGCUACAGUUAUGGGGGCAAAUUAAGUUAAUUAUGUAUUGAUAUCUACAAAUCGUGUUGUGUCCAAUUAUCAUGAAUGUCUGAGUGCAAGGUUUUAAUUUUUCAUUACCUUAACAUUAGUUACCACAUGAUUUGUAUGGCGUGGCAGUGAUUGAACACUGCAAGAAAUACGCAAGUUCUGAGUGCAGCACAACUUUAAAUUUUGACUCCCUUGUCGGGUUCUUCGUCAGCAGGUUCGGAGAACGUGUCAUAUACAGCACUGUACAAAAGCCAUCAUUAGAGUUGUCGUUGUUUGCGAUCCUAUAAUGACCACACAACUAAACAGCAGGGUGGUUCUGGGGCACCGUGGUGGGUUUACUCCGGGUGCUUCCUCCCACAGUUCAGAAACAUGCGUGUUAUUUUAAUUGGGGUCUCAAACUCACGGCCCAUCAUGUUUUGUAGCCCACACUUCGACAGGAAAGACUAGUGCAAAGUCCUGGCAAGUUCAGUGGUACUUGCGGGGGGGAAGCAAACUCCAACACCGAACUAGCUAAAGAAAUUAACCUGGGGGUCACUAGAAAGAACACUAUCUACAAUCACGAUGCUAACUCAAAAAUGACAGCACAACAUGUAACAGGUAAGUAAACACACAUGGGGCAACUACUAUGGGGAAUAACAACGACAGUGGUGUGAAAAAGUGUUUGCCCCCUUCCUGAUUUUUGCAUGUUUGCCACACUGAAAUGUUUCAGAUCAUCAAACAAAUUGAAAUAUUAGUCAGUGACAACACAACUAAACACAAAAUGCAGUUUUUAAAUGAAACGUUUUAUGAUUAAAGGAGAAAAAACAUCCAAACCUAUGUGUCCCUGUGUGAAAAAGUGAUUGCCCCCUAAAGCUAAUAACUGGUUGGGCCACCCUUAGCAGCAACAACUGCAAUCAAGUGUUUGUGAUAACUUGCAAUGAGUCUCUUACAGCGCUGGGGAGGAAUUUUGGCCCACUCAUCUUUGCAGAAUUGUUGUCAUUCAGCCACAUUGGAGGGUUUUCCAGCAUGAAGCGCCUUUUUAAGCAUCUCAAUAGGAUUCAGGUCAGGACUUUAAUCAGGCCACUCUAAAGUCUUCAUUUUGUUUUUCUUCAGCCAUUCAGAGGUGGACUUGCUGGUGUGUUUUGGAUCAUUGUCCUGCUGCAGAACCCAAGUUGGUUUCAGCUUGAGGUCACAAACAGUUGGCCGGGCAUUCUCCUUCAGGAUUUUUUGGUAGACAGCAGAAAACAGCAAGUCUUCCAGGUCCUGAAGCAGCAAAACAGCCCCAGACCAUCACACUACCACCACCAUAUUUUACUGGUGGUAUGAUGUUCUUUUUCUGAAAUGCGCUAAAUGUAAUGGGACACACACCUUCCAAAAGGUUCAACUUUUGGCUCGUCAGACCACAGAGUAUUUUCCCAAAGGUCCUUGGGAUCAUCAAGAUGUUUUGUGGCAAAACUGAGACGAGCCUUUAUGUUCUUUUUGUUCAGCGGUGGUUUUCAUCUUGGAACUCUGCCGUGUAGGCUGUUUUUGCCCAGUGUCUUACUUAUGGUGUAAAGUCAUGAACACUGACCUUAACUGAGGCAAGUGAGGCCUGCAGUUCUUUGGAUGUUGUUGCUCUUGGGUUAAUUUAACAGGGGGCAAUCACUUUUUCACACAGGGCCAUUUGGUUUGGAUUUUUUUUCUCCCUAAAUAAUAAAAAGUUUCAUUUAAAAAUUCAAUUUUGUGUUCAAUUGUGUUGUCAUUGACUAACAUUUAAAUUUCUUUGAUGAUCUGAAACAUUUAAAGGGACAGUUUGGAUUUUUUGACAUGAAGUUGUAUGACAUCCCCAUCAGCAGUGGACUAUAUCAACAGUGACUUACCCCCCCCCCCAGUUUGUCCUGCGAGUCCAUAUCUGGUCGGAUUUACGUGAUGAGGAACGUAGUUCUGCUUAGUUGCCAGGUCAUUUAAGUAAAGAGUUUGGCUUCUCAAAACAAUAUGCGUUCAAGAGAAUAAUACAUUUGCAUCAUAAAAAUGCCUCCUCGAAAAAAUCAGACCUCACAAAUCCCUCGGCGUUACGUUUGUCUCCCGCCGUAUCCACUCUUUUUCUGUCUAGUCACACUGGUUCUAUUUUAUUUAAAAAAUAAACAAUUCAAAACACAUUCAUUGUAUUUGUCAGAUUUAAUACAUGGUUACAUUGUUAAAAUAGCAUUUUAUUUUGGAUUGUGGGAUGGAGGCAUGAAGAGGAGUAACCACACAGAUAUUACAUCAGCAUUUGAAAUUAAUUGAUUUUACAGCGGAACCUUGGUUAGCGUCCAAUCCCCGUUAGCGUGUUUUCCAGUCAACGUUAAAAAAUUUGCGUGCAUUCUGUGGUGUGUAAAAUAUGGCGCGAGUCUUGUUGUUUUCUUAAUACACUAUGUGAGUCAAAUUCUAUUCUUAAUGUAUUUUUUUCCCAAUCAGAUAAGUCUUUUGUUGUUAGCAUCCUUUGAGCUAAUUAGCUAGCUAACAAAAUGGCAACCGGAACCGGAAGUCACUUACGUCACCCGUCUAUGAUGUCAUCUGCAGUUGACGCUCAAAAAUGUUAACACAAAACACAUUUUUACAGUUUUAUAAUUAUAGUUUUACAUGCACAAAACAAACAUAAAUGCAUAUAAACGACGAAUCAAAUGCAUCAAUGAACAUUUAAGGUUAGCUUUUACCUUCAUUGAUUGUAACUGUUCCCAAGACACGCUGUUGCUGCAAGAUCAACCACCAUCAUUGUUCUGUUUUCCCUUGAGAGAAUUCAUAAUACAAUGUGUGAGUCCAAUUGUAUUCUUAAUGUAUUGUUUUCAAUCAGAAAACAAUUUGGUAGUUAGCAUUCUAUUAGCUAGCUAAAAAAAUGGCAACCGGAACCUGAAGUCAUUUACGUCACCCGCCUGUGACGUCAUCUGCAGUGAAGGCUCAAAAAUGUUAACACAAAAUUAAAUUUUUAUAGUUUUAUAGUUUUACAUGCACAAAACACAUCCAAGUGCAUAUAAACGACGAAUGAAAUGCAUCAAUGAACAUUUAAGUUUACUUUUACCUUCAUUGAUAGUAACUUUCCAAGACACGCUGUUGCUGCAAGAUCAACCACCACCAUUUUCACUUUUGCCAUGAGUGAAUUCAACAGUGUUUCUUACCUUCAAAAUGCUGGCAGUUGCAACAUUUUUUGGCUUCGUUUUGGGUUGUUGAAGAGGGAAACACCAUUGAAUUCAAGAAAUAACUCUUGGCAAAAGAAAAUGGUGGUGGUUGAUCUUGCUGGUACAAAAUGGUCUUUGGGACGGUCGACGAGAACCACGUCUUUAAUAAAGGUAAACGUAACCUUAAAUGUUGAUUUAUCCCUUUCAUUCAUCAUGUAUAUGUAUGCAUUUUCAACUUUAUUUCUUACGCAGAGAACGAACAGAGCUCACAUUCAUCUUAUCAAACCCACUGGAAAUCGCGGAAGGUCAUCACUCAACACACCACUUAAAACGUCACACAGCAACGAAGCAGAGAGACGAAAACAGACAAGACACUACCGCUAUUUGUGCAGAACAAUAACAACUAUGUAGCUCAAACAUGUAACUUUAACAGCCAUUUGCACUAAAACAGUUAGCGACGGUUAGAGUAGGACAUAGCAUUGAUGAUGCUACAUAAGGUUCCACUGUAAAUCGAAUGAAACAGGCUCCGAAGCGAUAGAGAGGUUGCCAUGGUGACAUAAUGGUCGCUUUCUGUGUUGCAAGGAAACGUGACCCCGCAGCUCUUUCCAGAGCUCGACUGAAACAUUUGUUUGCCUUUCAUUAGCUGCCUGAGCUUCGAUGUACAGUAAAAAAAAAUAAAUAAAAAUAAUUUACAUGUUGAGUCGUUAUUUACACUUCAAUCACCUGCUGAUUGUUUUCAAUCUAUUUCAUUGUGGGGGUGGAUGAAGGCACACUGUCCCAAGUCUGUCUCGACCUAACGACGGUGUGCAUGUGGCACCAGCACAGGACGGGGCUGGUCUGACCAGAUGGGAAUUCAGUCAUUGGGCCUGGCAGAAGGUGCACAGGAAUGGGCGGCGAAAACAUAAGCCAUGAGGGAGAGCUCUGGAUCGCAACCAAAAAAAUAGAGGGGGAAAAGUAGGGCACAGAGUAAAAAUACCAAAAACAACAGAAGCCUUUCAACCAGGAGGAAAAGCUCUACAGCGCACCAUACGCUUGGUUUUGUAUACAAGGCAGAAACCUAAGAUGAGGCUGCCGUGAGCGUCUAUUCUCAGCUUGCCUAGAGUCUUGCGAUCAUGGCGCCUGCCACCUUGCGUUUGUCUACAUGUCGGCAAUAAUAUGUUGCAGAAAAACAUAUUAUGCACCGUGACUUUCUACAGCCUGUGUAUUAACGUAAGGGGGACAUCUAUAUUCUUGCCCAUCGGACAAUAAAAUACACUGUAGACAUGCCACACGCCGAGGCGCUGCAGUACUCACCUCAUCCUGAAGGGGUGGUGGGCAUCUUUGACGUCUUUCCACAGCGCGGGAAAAGCCAAGUUUUUGAGGGUUUUUUUUGACAGCACUGGCUGGAGAUGAGCAAGUCAAAUGCAUUAAUUUGUUCAUGAAAGAAUGACUGCUCACCAGAAUGGGAUAAUACCUUUACAACAAAGUAUCAGAACUUUUCCUGGAGGAGGAUAGGGUACAUAUACUUC